AUGAGUGUAGAACACGAUCCCCCUUCGGUGCUUGAGCCGCUCGAAGAUCAUCCCAAGUAUCAGAAGAUAAGGGAUCUGGACAAGGGCACCUUUGGGUUCGUCCAGCUCGCAGUGGACCUGACUACAGGGGAGCAGGUGGCCAUAAAGUUCAUCGAGCGGAGUCAAGAGGUAUCCAAAUAUGUGGAGAGGGAGAUUCUCAAUCACAAGAGACUCAUCCAUCCUCACAUUGUUCAGCUCAAAGAGGUGUUCCUCACAAAUAAUCACCUGGCAAUUGCCAUGGAGUACGCGGCAGGGGGGAACUUGUAUCAGCUAGUGGCUAGGAGUGGCGGGCUGCCAGAGCCUGAUGCUCGUUGGUAUUUCCAGCAGCUCAUUUUUGCCAUUGAUUACUGCCACAAAAUGGGCGUGGCAAAUAGGGAUGUGAAGCUGGAGAACACACUUCUGGUCAGCAGCGCCCGGCCGCUGAUCAAACUCUGUGAUUUUGGCUACUCCAAGGACGAAAAGUUCCAGUCUGCUCCAGGGUCCAAAGUGGGAACGCCUGCGUAUCUGGCCCCAGAGGUGAUUUCUACCACAAGGGGCAGGACCUACGACGGCAAGGCUGCGGAUGUGUGGUCGUGUGGAGUGAUGCUCUACGUGAUGCUGUCUGCACAGUACCCGUUUGGACGGCCGGAGGACACAAAUCUGAAGCUGGCUCGCCAAAUGCACAACAUGCUGCAGCGCAUCCUGAGCGUGGACUACCAGCUGCCCUACAACAAGCAGGUGUCGGCGGAGUGCAAGGACCUGCUGCAGCGCAUUCUGGUGGCUGACCCGGCAAAGCGCAUCACCAUGGCCGACAUUCAGCGGCACCCCUGGUUCACCAGAGACCUCCCCGAGGGAGUCGCGCAGAUGAAUGACCAGCUUCUCGCGCAGCAGCAGCAUAUGAUGGCCCACGGCAACUUCUGAGCGGUCCUGGCGCAGCUGCCCCGCUGUCCUGCGACAGCCGAGAGCCCCCCUUCCCGGAUGUCGUCCGCUAUUUGAUUUGUGGCUGGGCCUGCUUGCUGAGGCAUGCAUCGGACUGUACUGCUUACAUGGCCUCCCCCCCCUCCCUUUUGCGUCUUGGGUUGAAGCCCCGCGUUGAAGAAAUCUCGAUAUCGUUUUGUGCUCUCCUUGGCGUUUUGCCGUGACGAGCAGAACAGCACCGCAAACGACAAUGUGUACUGGUCAGCCCAUAUUGAGCUGUGUAUACAUAUGGAACUUUCCUUCUUGAAUCAGUGGCGCCACAUCACCGAUAUCUUUCUCUGGUUUUUUUGGCAUGGGGAUCUCCCCUCGAUGGGUGAGUGUGGAGAUCCUGUAGUCGGUUUAUCCGCCAGGCGGUUUGAGGUCUUCAGCCUGUGACGGACUUUGUUGGAUCUUGCUG